CUGAACAUACAGACUUCAUCCUGCUCUGUUAGCGAAAGAAAACUCUUACAAGGAUAUCUAAUCAUCCACAUACAGGAGGAUGAAGAGACACACAUCAGGAGGAGGAAGAUGAUGAUGAACUGAAGAAAGAGAAGCAGAUCAACAUGAGCAGCAUAAUAACAUGAAGAUCAGCAACAUCAGAAAUGAACAGAGAUGAUGAUCAACUGAUGAAGAGCAGAAGAUCAACAUGGCCAGCAGAGAGAGCAGAGCCGUUGUUCGCGGUUCUGCUCACAAAAGAAGUCGAAGCAAAGAUCUAGACCCACCAUCCAUGUCUGAGAAGCUGAAUGUGUUGGUGUGCGGGAGCGACGGCUCACUGAAAUCCUCCAUCUCAGAGCUGAUCCUGCAACACACACACAGAAGAUCAGAGAGUGUGAGGACAGACGUGAUCAAUGUGCUGGAGCUUCCAGCUCUGUUCAACACUGGGCUCUCAGAGGAGGAAGUGAUGCGUCAGACUCUCCGCUGUGUGUCUCUCUGUCAUCCUGGAGUUCAUGCUUUCCUCCUCAUUAUUCCUGACGCUCCACUCAAUAAUGAAGACAGAGCAGAAAUGGAGGAGAUCCAGAAGAUCUUCAGCUCCAGAAUCAACAAACACAUCAUGAUCCUCAUCAUGCAGAACUCAGAGCAUCAGACAGCAGAACUCAAUGAAGAAACACAGGCUGUCAUUCAGAGUUUUGGAGGAAGACAUCAUUACUUCAGUCCUGAAACACAAGUGUCCACAUUGAUGGAGAACAUUGAGCAGAUGCUGGAGGAAAACAGAGGAGGUGUUUACUCCACAGAGACAUUCCUGGAGGCGCAGAUGAGUAAAUUAGUGAAAUAUGAGAAGAUGAAGAAGAAAAUAAACUCACUGGAGACACAUGUACUAUCACAAGGUUCAAGAGUAAACACAGAGGAUGAAGUGAGGAUUGUUCUUCUGGGCAAAACUGGAGUUGGGAAAAGUGCGACUGGAAACACAAUCAUAGGAAGAGCCAAAUUUACAGCAGAAACAUCUCACCAAUCAGUGACUAAAGAGAGUCAGAGAGAGACAUGUGAAAUCAAUGGCAGACAGGUCACUGUGAUCGACACUCCAGGAGUGUUUGAUACUGAACUCACUGAAGAGGAGAUCCAGAGAGAAAUCAGACACUGCAUCUCCAUGAUUCUGCCUGGACCACACGUGUUCAUCAUCGUGCUCAGUUUAGGACAGAGAUUCACUAAAGAGGAGGAAACAUCAGUGAAGAUCAUCCAGGAGACGUUUGGGGAAAACUCUCUAAUGUUCACCAUGGUGCUUUUCACCAGAGGAGAUGAUCUGAAGAAUAAAUCCAUUGAAGAGUUUCUGGGUAAACCUGGAUCUCCUCUGAUGAACCUGAUUGAAGCUUGUGGACACAGAUAUCAUGUGUUCAACAAUAAUCAGCCUGAAGAGCGAACACAAGUGUCUGAUCUACUGGAGAAGAUAGACAACAUGGUGAAGGCAAACGGAGGAAGCUUCUACUCAUGUAAGAUGUUCAGAGAGAUGGAGAGAGAAAAACAAGAACAACAGAUGAAGAUCCUGAUGGACAGAGUCAGAGAAACUGAAGAAGAGAUGAAGAAACUAGAAGAAGAAAAAGACAGAAUGAAGAUGAUGAUGGAGGAAGAGCGACAGAAGCAGGAGAAAGAGAGAAAGAGGAGAGAAGAAGAGUUCAGAGAGAGAGAAGAGCGAUAUAAAAGACUUAUUAGAGGGCGGGAGCAGAAGGAGAAUGAACUGAUAGAACAGAUGAAGCGAAUGCAGAAACAGAAACUAGAGGAACGACUGAGGAGAGAAGAAGAGAAACAGAAAUCCAAACUUCACCCGAGACUCCAAAAUCCAGUUAGUGAUCAGACAGCAGAUCUGAAUGUGGUCCUGCUGGGAAAAAGAGGAGCAGGGAAAAGUGCAUCAGGAAACACAAUCCUGGGAAGACAAGUUUUCAUCUCCAAGAAAAGUGCCAGACCAGUCACACGAGACGUCAAUGUGGAGUCUGGAUCAUUCUGUGAACUACCAGUCACUGUUUACGACACUCCAGGAUUGUUUGACACAAAGCUGAGGGAUGAAGAGAUUCAGCAGAUGAUCAGUGAGAAGGUCCUCCAGAAAUGUUCAUCAGGUCUGUGUGUGUUUCUGCUGGUCAUCAGAGCUGACAGAUUCACUGAAGAAGAGAGAAAAACUGUGGAGAAGAUUGAGAAGAUCCUGGGAGAAAAACACCAGAAAAACACCUGGAUUCUGUUCACUGGAGGAGACGAACUGGAGGAAGAAAACACGACAAUACAGGAGUUCAUAGAGGAGACUGAAGAACUGAAGACACUCGUGCAGAAAUAUGAGCACCGAUACCAUCUGUUCAACAACAAGAGGAAGAUGAAAAGGACGAGUGUACAAGUAAAGGCGCUCUUCACAAAAAUACUGAAGAAUUACUCUGACACAGCGGCAGGAGCAGAGAAUCUAUUGAGAAAAAUACCAGCAAAUAUUGAGCCAGUCCCUCGUGUCUCCAGUCCUCCCUCCAGACGGAUUGUUCUUGUGGGUAAAUCUGGUGUUGGUAAAAGUGCAGCUGGAAACACAAUCCUGGGACAGAAAGAGUUCAGAUCUGUGAGGAGGAUGAGUUCAGUAACCUGUAAAUCUUCAGCAGCUCAGACCACAGUUUCAGGCAGAUCUGUAUCUGUAGUCGACACUCCUCCAUUAUUCGACACACAGAUGAAUCCUGAAGAGUUAAUGAUGGAGAUCGCCAGAAGUGUGUAUAUCUCCAGUCCUGGACCUCACGCUUUCCUCAUUGUGUUUCCUGUCAACAUGAGAUUCACUGAACGGGAGCUGCAGAUUCUUCAGAAGAUUGAGCUGAUGUUUGGUGAAGAAGUGUUGAAAUACUCCAUCAUUCUCUUCACUCAUGGAGAUCUGCUGGAUGGAGAGCCUGUAGAGAAGCUGAUAGAGGAGAACAGUGGAUUAAGAUCUGUAGUCCAGCAGUGUGGAGGCAGAUAUCAUGUGUUCAACAACAGAGAUGAGGAGAACAGAGAGCAGGUGGAGGAUCUACUGCAGAAGACUGAGUUAAUGAUACAGCAGAAUGGAGGAGGACACUACACUAACCAGAUGUUUGAAGACGCUCAGAGAUUCAGACGAGAGGAAGAAGAGCAGAGACAGAGAGAAGAAGAGGAGAGAAAACUACAAGAGGAGAAACAAAUACAAGAGGAGAUUAAAAGAGUGAGAAAGGAGACAGAGGAGAGAGUCAGAGCAGAAAUGGAAGCUAAAAAUCUUAAAGCAGAGAGACCGAGUGAGGAAGAACAGAGAAGACGAGAGAAACAAAGACAAAAGGAGAUUGAGAGAGAGAAAAAAAAUACUAAGGAGAGGGUUAGAAAAGAAAUGCAAGCUGUAAAUGAUAUAGAGGAGAGAAUCAAGGGUGAAGAUCGAGUGAGAAAACAAAGCCAAAACUGUGUGUGUAGUUGAUCGUCUUUUGAUUGUUUGACACAGUGAUGGAGUGAAUAACAGAGAGCAGGUGACUGAGGAGGACUCGAGGCCUCAGUUUCAUCUAACAUCAAUUAAAACACAACACACAUUAAUAAGUUGAACUCAGACACUGCUCUGUCCUAUCACAGUAUAUUUGUUGUUUUCAUAUGCACCAGACACUCUCUUAUCAAUACUUCAUCUUUCUGUAAAACAGUGUGAUUAACUAAUCCUGCUGCUCUCUGCUGAUCUGAAGCGCUGCUUUAUCUUCAUUUGUAAAUCCCCCACAGUCCAAACACCUGCGCUUUAGGGGAUCUGAUGUACUAAACUGGCUCAAGUGAAUGAGUGUGUGGAGGUGACGCUGUGGCGCAGUAGGAAGUGCUG